AUGUCGCAGAUAAAGACGACUAUCAGCACUGCAACGAGCGUGAAUACAGCUCAUGACAAGGCUCGCAGAGCAGAUUCACCAUUGGAGAGUGAACUGCCACUUCAACAGAACGUAGCGCUUUUGCAUGCAGCUCGCGAACGACUCGUUCUGACCCAAGCUUGUCCGGUGCCUUGUCCAACCAAAGACGACGAACUGGUCGUAGAAAUCAGAGCAAUUGGACUGAAUCCAGUGGACUGGAAAUCUAUUGACUACAACUUCGCCAUUCCUCAAUUGCCAUACAUCGCAGGUCGCGAUUUUGCUGGAGUUGUUGUCAAGGCGCCCGCUGCUUCAAGUCGCCUUCGAGUUGGCGACCUGGUCCUCAGUCCAUCGACAGAUUAUCGAGACAUUAGGAAGUCAGCUUUCCAAGAGUACGCAAUCUCGACACACCACAAUGUGGCAAGGAUACCGAGGAAUGUUCCAACCACACAAGCCGCAUCAAUCGGCGUAGCAUAUGUGGCCGCAGCGCUCGCUCUGGGCAUCAGUCUUGGAUUGAGGCUGCAAAGUCUAGCUGAUCGAGAUGAGAUCGAUCUCUGGGAAGCAGUCCGUCAAGUUCCUGUCAGCUCAAUCCCUGCAGACAUCAUGGAAGAGUGUCUGUCCGGGAUCGAAAAUGCCGAACGUCCCCAGCCUGGUGACUGGAUCGCCAUAUAUGGAGGCUCUUCAACAAGCGCGCUAUUCAUCUCCGAGAUUGCAAGAUUGGCAGGGCUCAAAGUCAUUCUCCUUGCCGAUGGCGUGAAACAUGGUGGACGACUCAGUGAGCGGCAAGGAAGCAUUCUUGUCGACAGCCACGAUCCCGCCAGAGCGAUCAAAAUUGUACAGUCCAUUACGAAAGGAAAGCUUAGAUUUGCGGUCGACACGGUCGGCAAAGAGACAGCAGGACACUUAGUGCAUAUGUUGCAAGCGGACGCGCCAGAAGGUAAGAGAGCUCAUCUGGUGGGACUUACCGGUGUACCGAAGGACAAGAUCGAUGGCGUGGUCUUCCAUUCAGUACCGAUCAAGCUGUUUCACGAAGUACCCUCAAUUGGCCUUGCCUUGAUGGUUUGGCUGGAAAGAGCUUUGGAAAGUGGAGCGCUCGCACUUCCCGAGGUCGAAUACGCAGAGGGAGGGCUGAGCGGUAUCAACGCUGCAUUGGACAGAAUGCGACGCGGCGAGAUCUCUGGUCGCCGAUUGGUUGUCUCGAUAUAA